AUGUUCCGUCGUCUAGUAACAGUUGUUCCUCGCUCCGGCGUCCUUUCGCCUCGCAGCGUCACCCCGGCCGUCUCCGGAAUCCAGCAAGCCGUGAGGUCGACUGUUGUUGCUCCUCAGCAGCAGCAGCGCAGAGGAUACCAUGAGAAAGUGUUGGACCACUACUCCAACCCAAGAAACGUCGGCUCCAUGGCCAAGUCUAUGGAUGUUGGUACCGGUCUCGUCGGCGCCCCGGCCUGUGGCGAUGUCAUGAAGCUUCAGAUCCGUGUCGACAAGGACAGCAACAAGAUCAGCGACGUCAAGUUCAAGACUUUCGGUUGCGGUAGCGCUAUCGCCAGCUCGAGUUAUCUGACUGAGUUGGUUCGCGGAAUGACCCUCGACGAGGCCGCUAAGAUCCGUAACACCGAUAUUGCCAAGGAGUUGUGCUUGCCUCCUGUCAAGCUGCACUGCUCCAUGCUUGCCGAAGACGCCAUCAAGUCCGCCAUCUCGGAUUACUACACCAAGAACCCUCGCACCGUGAAGACCGAUCUGUCCGGCACGGGCGCCUCUAUCCCCGAGGUGCAGGUGGAGGUUGAGAAGACCAGCAGCGCUACUGCUUAA